GUUUAGUUUUGCAGAGAUUUUCGACCUUUCCGGAUGCUGAACGGGACUCGCGGGCGUAAAUCAUUCGCUGAAAACCCUGGGAUAACAUUGAAUUGUGUGAUCAUUUGAGUCGGAAAUUCCGGAUGAACAAAGUUUUGGGUAAGGGUCAUCUCUGGCCGUAGAAGUGUGUUACUAUAGUGAACCUCAGUGCGACGGGGAGUCACCUUUGUCGAAAAUAUUUGUGUUCCAUUCAAGUAUUCUGUAGAAGGUGUUGGGAGUUGGUACUACGUUCCAGACUUUCUCCCACGUUAGUCAGUCAGUGAGAAGGAAAGUUCGCAAACAAAUUGUCCUUCCUGUUGGGGAUUUCAAUGUGCACCGUGAAAGACCAUUCGCUUGGAUAUAACAAUUGCUGGCAGACCGAAACCGGAGAGCAGUGAGAGUGUAAACAUCAUUAGCCCCUGUACGGAUUGGUGGCUGUGAGCUGAUCCGGCUGAACUCUGUGCUACCAUCAGUAGCCGUCAGGCGUGGAAGCGUGGAUCAAAAUUUGAUAUUGACUGCACAAGGCUAGGCGCUGCUGGUACUGGUAGCCUAGAAACGGGACCGGGACGGAAGGUGUGAAUCAGGACUAGGGCAUAAAAAUUGCGCGUUCCGCGUAUAAACCUGGAUGGUAGAAAAAAGGGAAAAGUACCGAUAUAACUGAAUAGCGCAAUAAAUUUCAUGGUGAUAAAUAGCCUGUAGUGUGAUAAAACCUGGAAUAGGCUGCAGAGGUACAGUUGAAAGCAGAGGUCGUGAAAAAAGCGAAAAUCUAGAAAAAAGUUGGCAACCGUCAGAGCCAGAAGGAGUGAGCGUGAAAAAAUUUUCCGCUAUAAUCUCGAUAAUCUUGAUGAUUUAUAACUGCCAGGUGGUGAAUCCAUAAAAAGGAAAACAGUGGACUUUGCCACCGGUUGGAAAAGGAUUCUUCGCUCGAUCCAAAGCAGAUGGCCGGCCGGUACGAACAGCACUGAACCAGAUUCACUUCAGAGACCAUUGCCGAGACAGGAAUAAUCAAGUGUUGACCCAGACGAGGAACCGUUUCGAUGUGGAGCGUAACGAAAAGCAAUUGAAAGAAAAUUAGAAGAAUCUAGCAGUUGUGUUAGUGUAUGUGUGUGUGGCGUAGUUCUCCAGCGGAUUGAGGGCAAAAAUUGGCAAUCCAAACAUUUGCCUAGAAUUGAAUUUCCUUUUUUUUGCUGUCCCGGGAAAAAAUAACGAAACCGGAUCAAACGGAUUGUUUCUUCUGUCUACCGUUCGAGAGCGGGUGUGGAUGGAAUUUGUGCUAGCAAAAUAAUCGAAGUGAGUGCUGUGUUGGGGAAUUUGUUCGUUCGGGUAGUGAAGAACAGUAAUUCUCUCGGGAGGAUUUGAAGCGAGUGAAAAUGGUACUUUUGCUUGUGAAAAGUUGGGUUUGGCUGCUGCUUGCAGUGGCGGCGGCUGCCGAGGAGCUGGGGGGUGUUUAUUCAGAGACAUCUUCAACGGAGGAUGAGUUGUUGGUAGUUGCAACCGUUGGUAGCAGCGUCGCCAGUGCGGUCAGUGAGGACGGAAGUGUGACGGUGAAGCCAGCUAGCACCGAUAGAAGUUUUGCAAACACUGUAGCACUAGAAAUGUCGGAAAAUCCGUCUUCUACGGUUGUCAGUGGGUCGUCGAGUGCCGUUGAAAUGAAUAAUCCCACCGAAGCAACAGAGAGUUUGACGAUCGGAAUAGGGGUGGAAGAGAUUAGCAGUAGCAGCAGUGUAUCCAGUUUGUUGGAUGAUGCUGAGAUUGAAAAGAAAGCUGAUAUUGAGUUGGAGAGUGAAACUCCCGUUAUUAGUUUCGGCAUUCGGUCGUUCACGGUUGAAGUGGGUACUGGAACUGAACGGUCCAGCGACGAACCGGUACUAGUGAAUGCAACCCAACCGGAAAAUGCCACUCAACAGAACGGCGAAGGUGCAACCACUCAAGUGAUUUCCUCAAGUGAGUCUUCGAGCGUUGUUCAGUCAACGACAGCAACGUCAGCUUCAACUGGUUCCGAGGAGAGCACAACCACAACUGCCGAAGGCAACCACGCGGAAACAACAUCUGGCAGGGGGCUUAUGCAAGAAUUGACAAGCGACGGUGGUCAAACGACGGUUACCAUUAACACCAAAGUCCCCGGUGAGAAGCUUAUUAAUAUGGAUGAUGAUUCGAGCGAGGAGCAACAUUUGUCCAAUGAGAUCCGGGUGGAGAAGAAGAACGGUCUCUUUCGAAUCAAGAUAGCUGAAAUCACGACAGACGAGUUCGAUAAUGGAUUGCACGAGACUGACAACGAGAAUAUGCUGAUGCCAGCAGGCGUUGUCGCGCCUAAAUCGGUCUAUCCUAGUAAGAUUAAUAUAGACGAUUUUUAUCCUUCCAAGUUGGAAGAUUUCAAGCCUCCGGCUGGAGUGAACGGAAUAAAGCAUGAAGCAAAUGUGGGGGAGAAACUGCUGAGAGAAAAGGCAAUUCUGCGAAACGAGGAUAAUGAGAAACUUUUCGAAUCAACAAUCAUGAAACCUUCGGAAGUUUUGUCGAUAAUUGACGACAAAAUUGACAGUUCAGAUGAGAAUCGCAACGAAAACGAGAAAAAAGGGCAAGACUCCGGAGAUAUCUCUACCACCAAGAUUGAGAUUGAGCUAAUUGAUGAUACCUCAGAAACAUCAACCAAUGAUGAGGGAAAAUCUCCCAUUGAUAAUAUUACCGAGAAGCUGGAGGAGAACGAUGAAGUAAUUAGUCGGAUUGAGGAGAAUUUCAAAGGGUACAGAACUUUUGAUGUACCCGAAGAGGCGGAUCUGGAAGAGCCAACGGAGGGAAAACAGGACGAUGAAGUAAUAACGAUUGCUAUUUCUUCAGUGACAUUUUCAUCAUCUCAACAGCUGUCCACGCUGGCUCCCCCCACAUCGUCGCCCAUAUCCGGUACUACAACUCAGUUCCCGCCGACCACCGAAGAAGAAAUACCAAUUGCUGUCAGUGGCAGUGACAUUGUGAAAGAUAAUUACGGCAAUCUAUUCAUCCCCAGACGGGUAAAAAAGAAUGACCCAACCUCUUCGAAAAUAAACGUCUUUAACUCGGCCCCACUCAAGAAGAUUGAUUUUGCCAAUACAAAGUUCAACACCGACAACAGUGGUUCCCCACAUGAUCCAAACGAUGCGGGAAAGAAAGACAAACCCGAAUUCUCAACCACCAAGUUUUACAACAGUAAGGAACUGUACAGCGAGCUCCAUCAUCAGGUCAUGAACGACAGCGACCAUCGCCGUGGCGACCGAAUCUCACAAAUUCCUAAGAAAACCACAGCCAUCGUUUCCGAAAAGGACAUCCUAACGGCGAAAACUCUAUUCAAACCAAUUCAAUCAACGGUAACUGCCAAAAAGAUGCCAACAAAAUCACUCAAACCCACUACAAUCCCCGCUCGGGUCGAAUCAAUCAUCAAAAAUCAACUUCUAAAGACAAACUUCAUUCCACGCGAGAAUUCUUUGUCCACCGUGGUGCCUACCCCACUCAAAUCACGAUCUCCGGCACCCGGUGAAAGUACCUCCGUCAACCGACCGAACAAUAACAGUCACAAACCGGCUUCACCUGCGUCAGACCACCCGCAGGACCAGCAGAAGAAAAUAAAGUCACUUGGAGCGGCUGCUUCCGCCAUCAUCGCUGCCACCUCAAAGUUGACCAAAAACAAUAAGGCAGCUGCGGCACUGGCAGCGUUGAAUCGCAUUACACCUGACCCGCAGCAUCAUCAGCAAGCCAAACCGCAGCCACCGACCCCACAUUCUAGUGAAAAUUUAAUUACAAGGCCGGUCAUCACGCCUCUGUCCCGCUUGCAGGAGAAAAUCAACACACUGGACUGUGACAUCCAGCCGCUGUCACCCGACUCGAGCAUUUGGCGAGGCAACGAGACUCACGAGCUAGAACUGCCCAUCAUGACUCCAGAGGACUGCUCGGCUGGCUCCAGCUGCACACCAACGACGAUCUCGUGGGAAGGAACCGCUGACAUUCAAUCCGGUGACGUACUAAUUGUGGAGAUAGACGAUAAGCACCUAAUACCGUCCAAUUAUAACAAAUCAGUCGAAAGUGCCCAUCACGCGACGACCGCCGUCUACCAGGUGACUCGCCUUGGCCAUGAACACUGUGACAUCACCGAGGGAGUUCUGCUCGAUAUCACCCCACUGGUCGUCGAUGGAAAGAAGCUGGUCACUCUGUACGAUAAGGAUUUGACGGAGGGAAUUAAUCUGCUAAUUGUGGUCUCAGAACAAUGGGGUCAACAGUGCGUGCGUCUGAAAGUGACCGUCAAGUCGGACAAUUGCGGUGAAAAUGCUGACUGCUCUGGAAAAGGUGUAUGCUACUCCAACAAUUCAAUGGAAGGCUACGAGUGCCAGUGCUGCGGCGGUUUUGCUGGUUCUCACUGCGAGGAGAUUGACGCUUGUACCCCGUCGCCCUGCACCAACAACGGAAUUUGCGUCGAUUUGUCCCAGGGCCACGAAGGGAACGCAUAUCAGUGCCUCUGUCCGUACGGCUACACCGGCAAAAACUGCCAGUUCGAGUCGGAUCCCUGCAAUCCGUCGCAGUGUCUGAACGGAGGCACCUGCGUCGGUAACUCCACCCACUUCAGAUGCGACUGUACCUCGGGCUACACCGGACCGCUCUGUCAGCAUAAUCUCAACGAGUGCGAGUCCUCGCCCUGCGUUCACGGCAUCUGUGUGGACCAGGAGGACGGAUUUCGGUGCUUCUGUCAGCCAGGUUUCUCUGGUGAACUGUGCAACUUUGAGUACAACGAGUGCGAAUCGAACCCGUGCAUUAACGGUGGUCAGUGCAUUGACAAUAUUGGAGGAUUUUCGUGCAAAUGUACUCGCGGAUACACGGGAAAACGUUGCCACAUCAAGGUGGACUUUUGCGCCAAUGACCCGUGCCCGGACGGUCACCGAUGCAUAGAUCACGGGGACGACUUCAGCUGCGAAUGUCCAGGUGGACGCAACGGGCCAGACUGCAAUCAGGUACCCCGCACGCUGUGCAACGUAAAUCCCUGUGCCAAUGGAGGAACCUGCUGGACCACGGAGGAAUCGUUCUACUGCGCCUGCCGACCAGGGUUUACCGGUAAAAUGUGCGAAGAAAACUUCGUUAUCGACACGGUUGUUAGCUCCAGCGAGAUGCUCUCGGAUAAUUUGAGCCAGAACGGUCCGAACGGAUUGCACGGUGGUGGAGCCGGUAGCGGUGGCAACAGCAACGGUGCCCUCUACGGAGAUUCCGAAACAACUCGCCUCGGCAAACGAGGAAGCGCCAUUGAGCUGCACAACGCGUACAUCGCCGCAGGAACGUUAGGAGCCGCCAUUCUCAUAGUAGCGAUUGUGGUAACCGCAUGCCACUGUAAAGUACACCAGAGCUAUCGCCACUUCGCCACCAAGCACCGCCAGCUGAUACCGAGCUUCGGUCGGAAAGCGAAAGCAUCCUCCGCCAACCGGCACUGGCUCAGCGGCAAGGGACAGCAGGCCACGGUCGGCCACAACAAUCUGAACUACAGCUACGCUCACCAACAUCCAAACUCGUACAGCUUGCAACCGGAGCGAAUAAUCAACAAACCGCUGCCGAUGAAUUUGGAGAACGACAUGUACUACACGGUGGACUUUGGCGAAUCCCAGAAUGCGCCCUUGAUCCAGUAAAGUUCCCACGUGUCGUAACCGCCCCUCUUCCGAACCAGUGGACACGGAAUGGGGUUGGUGCCGGAAAGGAAAACGGUUCGUCAGCCGCCGCCCGCAGUUUGAUUAUCGUUUCUAAUUUAAUCAUUCAGUUUGCUCUGGCGUUUAUCUAUUAGGAUAAUUAUAAAAUGAUCUAAGGUUACGUGAACAUGAUGUACUUUAUUGACUAGUCAAAAAUAAAAAAAAAAUACAUGCAAACCAAAGAUUUAAGCUGGACAGGAGUCGACAUCGAAGAGUGAGUAAAUGGGAUGCCAACACAUUUACAGAAGAUAAGAAAAACCGAACUCACGUAAAUUAUUAAGAUGAAAUUUUUCUGAAGAACUAGAGCUGAAAUUUUGAUUUUUGAACUAGAGGAAAAAAGCCUUUGACAGCUGAUCUGCACAAUGAAAACGCAACAAGGAAGCAACAAUUGCAAAAGAAAGAAUUACUUAGCCCAAUCAUGCUGUGCCCCUGUCCAUUGCCCUAUCAACUUUUUCUCCACUAAAACACAAUGGAAAAUUGAUUUUCUUAUUCUCCAUCCGUGUGCCACUGCAGAUGACCAAUUUUCCUUUUCUCUGCAUCACAAAGCUGUCCACCCAAGCAAGGCAGCAGUUGAGAAAAUCUGUUGAUUGGAUUCAUCGGCUGCCGGCGUGCGCAAUUCGAAAACCAUGCAGUCGGAAAUUAAAGAUUACUAUCGUUUGUCUGCCUGCCUUCGUGAUUGCCAUCCGUUACCUACAGAGCUACUGUCGUGUUUUUUCUCUGUUUCUCUUUUUUUUUUGAAAAUCAUCCCGCCUCCCCUAACCAAUCACAAAAACCGCCGGUGUGCCUGUUGUGCGAAAGCUUCCCUUCCCGGCAGGCGAUUGAGAUUGAGUGAGAAACCGUGGGAACGGAACGAAAGGGGACAUUUUCUUUUUUUUAUAUCCGCAGAACCUUAUUAUACUGGUCUUGCAAAGCGUGACCUAUAGACGAACAGAAAAGAAUUUGGUCCCGGGUUUUGCAGCCCUAUCGGUGCCAUUUGAUCUCUUUAAUCUAUUGUUGUUGCGUUGGGGAAGGCAAGGGGGUAAAGAUGCUAUUCACUGAAAACGUGCAAGGGUUUAUCGCGAAAUUGACUAACUUCAUCUGCUCAUGGGUUCCGGUUUAUUUUAAUAUGGGACAGGGUGCCAUAUGGAAAGAGUUAUUGCUAUUGUCAGUAGGAAGAAGCGAUCACUUGAUAGUUUUCAAUCUACAAACUACCACGCGUUUCCUUCAAAGCAUUUAAACUCGUUUCUAAAAUAUUGUAAUAACCGGAUCUGCGUAGCUUCAUAUUGAAAUUGAGACUAUAAACUAGCACAUAUUCGGAAAUUAGGCUUCCGACUAAAACCUCUCCAAAAGUCCGGGAGAACGGAGUGGAUCGAAUAAAAGAAAAAAAAGGAAAGCUUACAGUUUCAGCGAGAGAUACGUGUGUAGAGUCGUGUUUCGAUUCAACGAAGCAUAGCAUAGCUCGAAUUUGUGAAUAAAGAAGGAAGAGCUGCGGUGGGGCACAGCCAUGAUAUAGGCAAAAGCACUAGUAGUAUUAUGAACUUGCUGAAAACAUCAAGAGCGACUCCGGGUGUGCUUAAUCCGAUUAUGUUCUCAACGCAUGUGUGGGUUCAGAGAAUAAACGCGAUCAAAUUACGUGAAGGCUGCUCGCCUGAAGCGGCACUAGAUGUGCGAGUGGUGAAACCAGAAAAAGCAUAAUAAUAAGAUUUUAUAUCCCAGGUUGAAAAUGUUCGUUGUUUAUAAUUGAGAUGAUAAAAAUUCGAUUUCCGUUCGAUUUCGUUUUAUUUCCCGCGUGUGCGACGAGUUGGAUGGAAGCUCGCUCGCAAAUGUCACAGAGAAAAGAAUAGUAGUAAUUUAAAAAAUAAUAAAAAGUUAUUUGAAGUAAGUAUAUUCUAUAUCGAACGAGGGAAAGCUUUUUUUGUGCAUCAUUGCAGGGUCAUCAGAGCAGACACUAUUGAUUUUUAACGAAUCGAACAAAACUAUCUCACAACCAAGACUACCACCGUUUUGGAGUAAACGAAAAGAGCAGCUGUGCGUGGGCUGGUUGAGAAGUUAAGCAUAGAAUAAGAUUAAAUGAAACUUGUGCCAAACCAAUUUUUAAAGUUGAAGCUAUCGAUACAGAACAGGAGAUACAUUUUUUUUUAUUUUAACACUGAAUAGAGCUACCACUAAUCAGAAUCUUGUAGUUGCGUAGAAAUCACAUAAAAUAAUCAGUGACUUGUAGUAUUGCUCGAUAACUAUGAAUCCAUUCACUACAGAUCGAUAAUCAUUCUAGUCAAAUUUAUUUUCUUACAUCUUAUUAAAAAAAACGCGUCUACAGUAGCAAGACGGUUUAGUGCACCGUUUCCAAUUCAGCUCAUGCUUAUUUUGUAUAGUGUUUCAAUACCUGCUAAAGUAGUAAAUUAGACUAUAAAUCAAACCCAGAAGCUAAAAUGACAGAACAAUAAAUUUCAGCGGUUCUACCGUACUUUUAAUCUUCCACUUCUAUCGUAGCUGGUAGAGUUUAACAAUUCUUCAAUUCCUUACCGAGCAAGAACAAAUUGUAGCGAAACCGCUUGAACAGAAGAUUUCAGUCUCCCAGAACCGGCGGAUUAGCCCAGUAAGGAAUGGACAAAAGAGAAUAAACGACUAAUCAAAACUGUACCAGAUAAUGCCAAAGCGCUUCAGAGCGAGAAAGUAACAGCUUACCCUCGACGAUAUCCGUAACAAUAAAGGGAUAAAAGUAUAAAAAAGAAAAGAACAGCUCACCAAGACAAAGAAACUACCUACAAAACGGAAAAUUGUUGCCAAAACACACCCCCGCCGGGUUCACCGGACAGUUUAAACAUUAAUACAAACAAACACACUCAAUGCCGUUCUUUGACUUAGCUCAGUUUGGAUGGAGAACGGGGGGAAAAAAAGUUGCGUCUGUGGUUUCGAUAACGAGCGAGAACAUGAAAACAAGCUGUCGCUGCAACGAAAGAAGGCAAAAAAACCCGAUAACACCUACAACAACAAUAACAUCAGCAAGUCCUGGUAUAUAAACGAUUGAACUCUUUUGGUGUUGGUGCGGAAAAACCUUGUUUUCCCGGGGGCCAACGAAAAAAAAAGUUCCACUCGAAUAUUUUUAAUCGCUCCAAUGCGGGGGGACAUGCGACGCAUAUUGGAACACCCACAUCAAUUAAUAGGGAACAAAAGGGUUGAGGGUUACUUGAAAAUAACGCCAACAGGGACUGGUACUAGUUUGGGGUCACUUUCGGUUUAGUGAAAUUUUAUAAUUUGUCGUUUUUUGUUUGUAAACGCAUUUCGAUGGGUGAAAAUUCCUGUGAUGAAAGGCAAAUGGAAUAUAAAAUAGACUAUUUUCGUAAGGAACUGGAAAGAUUCACGAAAACUAAAUCCAGGAAACAAAUCUUUCUUAUAUCAUAUAUGAUCCUUUUACAAAAAUACUUGCAAAUCCUGAUGAGCGGCCUUAUGAUAGUUAGCCAGGAUUGGUGUCCUGAGACUUCGAGUAAAAUGCUUUUUUUGUCCUGGUUUUUCUCCUCUAAGUUAAAAAACAAAUUUGACGUAGGACUACGUCUUUGUUUUCGAUAUGCAGGUGCACUUUGCAAAUUCAACAAAAAUGUAAUGAAAAAUGGUCAGGUUUUAAACGCUUAUAAUUCAUCCAUCUCACGAUAAAUUUUCAAUUUUUUGUGCAUAUCGCUCAGAAAGAUUCGAGUGUGUAUCUUCGUCGCGAGCGGUUUUCAUUAUUUUCGGCACAGUUUACUGCCUCCCGGUUAACGAAAGUGUGAAUAACGGCGCAAUUUAACGAUUACACAAAGUGAAGUGGCAUUUAAAAAGCAUUUUUGGGCAUAUUUUCGACUGAGGAAAAUGAAAAAAAAAUCUUUUCCUCGCAUUACGGGCCGUCGAUUCCCGAUACAAGGAAAAUAAAAGUUAUAAAAACACGGUGUACAUUCUAAAAAUAGUGAAAAAUGGAUUUUCAGAGAAAAAAAAUUCGAUCCGAAAAAUGAAAAAAUACGGCAAUAAGAAAAAUUGGCAUAUUCAAAUAAUUGGCGUUUCACCAGCGACUAGCGACAACCAGGUGUCGCACCAAAAUUCUUCGUUUGAAAAAUAAGGGCAAACCAGCCGGUCGGUGCUCAGCUAAUUUCGUCCGCGUCCCUUGUCACCUAUUUUUUAUUGGGUGUUUCAACGGCGGUGCUAUCUUUGAAAAUAAGGCACCUCGGAUACCCGCAUAAAUCUGUACCAUAUACCAACCAUUGCAUUAAACGUCUCAAAACCGUUUUCAAUAUGGUUCGUUCAACAAUAGAUUAACCAUUGCCUGGUAUAGUAUCGAACAUAACCAGUGUCGUUUUUCCUGACUCGACCAUACAAAUAACGGGUAGUUAAGAACGUUCACCAUAUCAAAAUGUUCUGUUUUUCAUAUACAUUUUGACAACAUACCAUUCAAGAACCAUACAGGAUAUGGUGACAUGAAUAUUUUAGAUCUAGCGGUGCAUAAAAUAUUUGGUGGAGAAAAAAGAACUCUAACUCCUUCAUAUUUCAAUUAUAUCGAUUGAUGAAAUUUUAUUUUGUUACACGUCAUCUUUUGAAGAAAGCUUCGUUGACACUAAGUGGACUGACGCUUUAUCCAAUUGAGCUAUCGCCAUAUUAUUGGAAGACGAGGAUUUUUAAUCAUGUUAAACUACAGAUUUUUGGAGUAGCGUAAAUAGAUAUACGAAAAACACAGACAACCUAGAGCAGUAUUAACCUCUGGCGCCAAAGGACAAUGUAGUAUACAAAUCUCCAAUAUAGGAUACACGGAAGGUAUUGGAAAUGGUAACUGAAAUGGAUAUGGUAGUAUAACAGUUCAAUUAUAAUGGUGAAAUGUAUCAGUAGUUUGGAAAUGGUUUCGAAGAUUUCUGGAAUGGUAUUUAUUUAUACGGGUAUUCAACUGUUUUUUUUUUGCUUUCUUAGUUUACUGCAAAUGAGUAAAGGCUUUGAUUCCUUUAUAUUCGGGAUUGCAGAUAUUUUGUCGCAUGUAAAUUUUGGGUGUUCGUUGAUGUGAUGGAGGGGGGGAACUGUAUUCGCCGAUCGGCCAACUUUUCUUUGGAAUGAUCAAACUAAUUUCUAUGUUUGUUUACGGUUUGUUUUAUCAACGGGGGAACUGAUCCACAGAGCAUUCAAUGUGCUUAGGGAAAACACAUGACCUUGUUUGAGUGGAAUGUUGACAUCAAUCAGGAAAAAGAUUUGAAAAUUGACAAUUCGCGAGAGGGAUCGGGGACCGGUUAGCAAUUACCUUCAGCUAUGUAAGCACGAGGAAUAAGUGUUUUGCUUCCAUGUUUAUUGGUUUGCUUUCAAUUCUAUCUCAUGCCCCCACGUGAGUCUAGGUCUAUUGAUGACUUUUGGUCGUUGGACCGGCGACGACUGGGUGCUGUCGGCUUUCUGCCGAUGGUGGCAGAGUGAGAGGAUGCGAGCGGAUCUAGCCGAGAAGACAAUGCCGCAAAAAUGAAUAGUUGUUCGGAGGUCGGCUCCAGUGAGACUUUGAUUUGACUGGUAUCGAUGAUCGCGGGUCGAUACGUACUGGAAGUUCGCCGCGUCUGUUUUCAUGAAUCUAGUUGCAAGUUCCGUUGUUGGUGACAGGCCCGUGCAUCGGGUUGGCGAUCCUCUAUGUUUCCCUCCAAUGUUCGAUAUAGUCGUUCGUAUGCGUGUGCUUCACAAGCAGUCCGAUGUGGAAGGUGGGAGGUGCUUUCGUUGAUUUGAAACAUCUCGAGCUGUCAUAGCUCUUUAUCUGUAUUGUGUGUUAUCACUCGGUGGUUUGCAACCCAACGAUAAAUCGUAGAGAGGGAAUGGCGAAGUUAAUCUGAGUGGUGUCGCAAUAAAUAGUGAUCCGGCCCAUUGCGCGGAUGGGAUUGGCUUUUCUGGGCAAUACUCCCACGGUCGGCUGUGUGGAGUUGGGAUUGCUUUUGUUUGGAAAACAUGGGAUACUCUCGGUGGCCGGCUGCUCAGAGUUUGGAAAGGACUAAAAACUAAAGGGGAUCUUCUUUUUCGAGCGGUCGUGUUCUCGAGGACUAGCUAAACUACUACCUGGUAAACUAUGCUUUACGGGUCGCAUCGCUUGCUUGGAGCGAAUCCUAGACCCCGUACCCUUCCAGACCGCCAACUCCGCGACACCUAUGGAAGAGUCUGAUGAACCUUCUGUAUAAGAUUCUGCAUUUUAUUCAAACGUUCGCCGGGUAAAAUCAGCAACGACACGAUUGAAACCACGAAAAAAUUCGUCACGUGAUUGAAUAUUAUUAAAAACCUGUUUUAAUCCACCUAGAGGUGCAAUUGUGCCUUUCUCAUUUCUCCAAACUAUGAUUUAAUAGCUGGUUCGUACAAUAUAACAUUAUGGAAAUGUCUUUCAUUCUUAUUACACUUGGUAAGUAUAUAUAAGAGCUCCUUUUUGCAUUCAUCGCGGUAUCGGUUUGAAUCGGAGUUUUCUAUGUGAUCGCACUCCACAACCCGUAACUACGUAGCCGGAUGGAGAUGGAAUUUAAUAUCAGUUUCCGGGGACGCAACACCUUUCAUUUGAGACUAAGUUGAUAAAAUCGGUCUUGCCAUUUUCGAGAAACCAAUAUAAGCGUUAUUCUGAAUUUGGAUGCUUCCGGAUCCGUCGAUGGUGGCCAGUGUGGCCAAAGAGACUUUGAAUGACUGUUGGUGACCUAGAUCUACAAAUUCAACAGUUGUGUUUACAUUUACGAUGUGGACAAAUCAACAAAUUUUGUUUUGUAGCCACACUCUUCAACUCGUAAUCCAGAACAAGAUGUCGGUUGAAAAUGAAAUUCAAUAGCAACCUAUGGGAAUAUUAUACCUUUCAUUUGAAUCUUAGUUUGUAAAAAUCGGUUCAGCCAUCUCCGAGAAACCGAUGUGGACAUUUUGUUAACAAAUCCGCACAUACACACAUACAUACAUACAUACAUACAUACAUACACACAUACAUACACACAGAUAUUUUGCGAUCUCGGCGAACUGAGUCGAAUGUUAUAUGAGACUCGGCCCUCCGGUCCUCGGUUAGAAAGUGGGUUUUUGGAGCAAUUGCAUAACGUUUCUAUAUGAGAAAGGCAAAAGAAUAAUAAUUAAUUAGCUUAAUCAGCAUGAGCUCAAUGUUAUCUUCAUGUGAUUAUAUUAUGAAAUGUUGGUGGAAUGGGUUUGAAAGUGGAGGGAAUGGGGGGUUAGUAGAGUGGGAGUGGAGGAUGCGUCAGAAAUCCUUCAUCUUAUUUCGGUAUACGGGGUGGAUGAAGGAAAUGCGGGCGUGAGAG